AUGGAUCCAGCAGUGGCAUGGUAUCAGGAUGAACAGGAUGGUCCUUCAAAAGCAGUGUGGAUGCGAAUCUGGGAAACGAACUCUGACAUUUGUGGUCCGUUAUAUCCUAACUACGGUCCUGGCUCGAACGGCCAAGACAAUUUAAAGGCCUCUCGUGGAACAGGUCCUGUUGAACAUCAGCAAUUGCCUGGCCACCACUGCGAUGGUGGGAUCAAUGCUAGCAAUGGCAAUAAUGUCAACAACCAUGUACUGGAAGGAUUCGGAAAACCCGAUCCAUCGAACGGGGUGAACAAUGUGACCGGCAAUGGGACCAUCAUUCACACCACUAGCAACAGUGUUAAUAUCAACUGCAAUAAUAGUAUUGGCAACAACACUGGAAGCAACAACUCAAGUCACAACAUCAACUGCGGUGUCACGAACGGUGGAGAGCUGCAAUCGACGGUUGGUGGAAAUGGAGGCAAUGGUUGCAGCGGAAAUGUUGGUUCCACGGCGAAAGGCGGAGGUCUAGUCAGUAGCGAGAAGAACUACAACCCAGUGCGUAAGAAACUGGGUAGCAUGACAGAUAACAAGGCUAGCACUUUUAACAUGAACAAGCAACAGCAACGACUGAUUGGUGUGCACGGCGGUUGUCCGUGGCGUCCCCCAAACUGCAAGUACAACCGAGGAAUUCUUGGGUUACAUCAAGAGAUAGAACAGUUCUACGCCCACAUGGUUCCGACGCCAACGGAGCAUGCGUUACGGGUGAUGGUAGUUAAUCGGAUAGAAAAAAUUGUGUUGAGUCUGUGGCCCUCGGCUAGAGUCGAAAUGUUUGGUUCUUUUCGCACCGGACUCUAUUUACCAACAAGCGACAUAGAUUUGGUUGUGAUUGGACAGUGGGAGAAACUGCCACUUAGAACUCUUGAAACGGAGCUGAUCAGUCGCUACAUUGCAGAACCAAAUUCCGUCCGUGUGCUUGACAAAGCUUCCGUGCCGAUCGUUAAGCUGACGGACAGAGAAUCGCAGGUGAAGGUGGAUAUUUCAUUUAACAUGGAAUCAGGCGUUCAGUCUGCCAAGCUGAUUAAGGGCUACAAACGUGGCUACCCUGUACUGGAAAAGUUGGUGCUGGUGCUCAAGCAGUUUCUACUGCAACGUGAUCUAAACGAGGUGUUUACUGGAGGCAUAUCGUCUUAUUCGCUGAUACUGAUGUGCAUCAGCUUCCUACAGCAGCAUCAUCGAAAGCCGAAUGCCUCUUCAAACCUUGGUGUGCUGCUGAUAGAGUUCUUUGAGUUGUAUGGGCGGAAAUUUAAUUACAUGAAAAUCGGAAUUAGUGUGAAAACUGGUCGGUAUAUACCAAAGGAAGAAUUGCAGCGUGAAAUGAUUGAUGGUCAUCGGCCCAGCUUGUUGUGCAUAGAGGAUCCACUUACUCCCGGUAACGAUAUUGGUCGAUCCUCGUACGGAGCUCUGCACGUGAAACAAGCCUUCGAGUAUGCGUACAUAGUACUAAUGCAAGCCGUUUUGCCGCUGGACAAGAAUUUGACAGACUGCAACCGGCAAAGCAUACUUGGCCGGAUAAUACGCGUUACAGACGAAGUUAUCGAGUAUCGUAAGUGGAUCAAGGACACAUUUGAGGCAAGACUGACUCGGCGUACUGCACUACUGCAAACGGGAACAGUGACGUUGCAAAGUGACCAAUACUAUUUGUCACUACAGCCACAGGGACUCUCUUUAACUCAGCACCAACAGCAACAGCAACCGGUUUUGCACCACCAUCAGCAGCAAUCUGCACAGCAACCACCGCCAUAUGAGAGGAUUGUGAAUCGACGACGGCCCAGCUCGUCCAGCGUUGAAAUGUCGGAGGAAAGUAUGGACAGCGAUGGGGGCGGAGACUUUAGUUGUGUAGCCCGCGAUGUGUCACCGACCGGCGUCAACCGCUCGCCAAUCGAAGUGCACGAAUUACAGCCAAUUGUCGGUACAGCAGGCCCGCAAACGGUUGUAAUGCACAUACCCUCACUUCCGCGCGAUCUGUUGAUAGAAGAAAAUAACAUGAUUAACAUGGCUUACCAGCAGCAACAGCAACUGGCCGACACAAGUGUCGGUGAUGGCCCACUAAUCAACUACAACACCAACAUAAACACUCGUCGUAUUAUACCGUCGUCUAAUCAGCAGCAGCACCAACAGCAUCUCCAGCAUCAUCAGCAUCACCACCAACAAAUUGUGAGUGGAAAGAAUUUGUACAAUCGUGGCAGCUCGGAACGUUCGAUUAUUGCAAAUUCUGUCCAUGCUGCGAGUGGGAAUUGUAGCAGUAGUGCACCCAAUGGUACUAAUGCUGCCGGGGGUGCCAACAACAGUAAUGGUCCUAGUAUACAACAGCAGCCAAUUAACCAAAGCAAUGGUUUAGUUCGUCACAACAGCAAACAUAGACGUUCAACAGUUAACGUCCUAGGAAGUUACCAACCGACUGUCUCCAUUCUCAGUACUGUGAAUAACAAUAACAACAGCAACUCCAGUAAUAAUAACAACAAUCUAGUCGCCGGUAUGGUUGUAAAUGAUGAAAAUAUGCUUCAGUAUGAUCCGAGCUCUAAGGCACAUCCAGCAGGUUCGAUUCCAUCUCUUCUAUCAGGUGUUCCUGGUGCUGCGGCAAGCAGUACUGGUAGUUGCCUUAGUGCACCCAAUUCGGUAAAACACUACAGCAAUAUAAGCAGCAGCAACAACAGCAGCAAUAACUGUAACAGUAAUGCAAUCAUCAGCAUUAGUAGUAUCAGCAACAGCAGUACCAGCAGCAAUAGCAGCAGUAGCAGUAGUAGUAAUAGCACCGGAAACGGAAACAGUAAAAAGCACAGUUCAAACUCUUCCAAACGCAAAAAGACCACCUCUCCGGGGGAAAAGAAAGUAGCUGGUGGCUCUUUGCUCGGUGGGCAAGGAACAGCGGCAAUUAGCUACGGCAUGGUAUUGGGGGCUAGUGGAUCCUCCGCUAGCGGAAAUACGGUUGCCGGGCUGGACAGUCGAUGAUAGCCACCAGUGGUGGGAGGGUUCCUCGCAAGGGUUCACUACUAUCACUAUUAAAACAACAAAACCAUACAAAUGGACAACUGAAAACAUGCAAAGAUGCCGUGACGGAAGCAUCAAAUGAAUUUGCCAACUGUAGUUACGAUCACAACAGAGUAAGGGAGAUAGCGGAAGUGGAUAAACAGUGUGUAAUGUCAGGUUACGAAACGAGCUAUAAUCGAGCGUCACAAACACAAAGCGUGAACACAUAAAAGACGCUUGAAGGUAUGUUCAAUAUUGGCAAGGGUUGCAUAAGUCGUGCAUUACACCUCUAAACCAUUAGUUCUACAGUCGAUAUACAUUACCUUACUGAUUAAGAUUGCAUUGUUUUCUACGAUUAUGAAUAUCAUGCCGGGUGAUACCGAUUUCUUUGUAAGAGCUAAUGCUAGUGGCAGUGCUAACACAGCCGGUUUUCCUUUUUAUUCGUGUUUAUUUUGUCGAGUUCUGCGUCGCCUCUUUAUGGACCAAGUAACGAUAGCUCUAUAUUGUUCAACAUGACGGAGCAUAUAGCUCUACGAAUUUGUCGAACCUUCUAGAAAUCACGAAGGAAUGUACCGUUUUCCGUGUAAGCACAAAGUGUUUCCAAUGGUCAAGGUUUGCUUUGGAACCUAGGCAACCGUAACAUCCAAACCUCAUUACUUCAAUGUCGGAAACAUGUUCGGAACUCAACCGUAUAAUAAUUUUGCUUCACUUUGAUUUAUGAUAUUGGUGCAGUCAUCAUCAGCUUUUAACUGAUUGGAAUAUAUCCAUUGAUGUGAGUGAUUUUUUGAGUGAUUUUGGCUUUUUCGAAACUGAUACCGCCGAGGAAUUAAUGGCUAUUUUAGUUGAACAAAAAUGAGUUAUUGAUCUACAUUGUAGCUAAAUAUGAGGUAUGCCUUAGGAAUACAGAAGGUUUAGCGGAUUGCAUCCAUCCAGUGAAUGAAUCAGUAUGCUGAUACAAAGAUCGCAAUGAUGUUAGUUUGGACUUUUUCUCAGUGCUCGACACCAGUGAAACAAAACUAUACUGAAUAAUAUACGUAAAUACUACGGCAAAACCAACGGAUGAUAUCUGAACUCCUGAAAAUUAGGGUAAUUAUUUAUAGUGUAAUGUUAUUUAAAUCGAAAAGAAAAAAAACAUAAAAUGAACAAAAGUUAUUUCAAGUACGGUGCAUAGUGUCAUCGUGCUCCGGAAGAUAAAUCGUUAAACAGAUGGGCAGCUUCUUUGCCACGAGAGGGUAAAAUGGUCGCCGUGAUAUGUAUCAAAUCUAUUUUAUUUAUCUGCUGCAACAUCCCCUUUUAUGAUCUUGUUGCGAUACGUGGAACAUUUUCUGAGGACAAGAUGGUGUAAACGCAUACUUUUUCAGAACGCCGCUAUGUAUGUGGUUGUAAAUACAAUAUAAAGUUUCGAAACAGUUUCUUGUAGGCUUUUCGCUAUAGUUGUAAUGUUAGUAAUGAUUGCAUGAUGAUUAUGAUCACCACCUGCUACUAUCGCAAAAAUACGACGAAUACUACUAUUAGUGCUACUACGAACUACUGCUGCUCUAACUUUUAUCACAAGAACAACUAUUGGAACUAUGGCAAAUAACACUAUUGAUAUUUUAACUAAUGCCAGCACUAUUGUAUCAGUUACAGUUGUUAUUGUCUCGAGAAUAAUAUCGUUAAUAUAGUUUCUCUCGGUUGAUAAAUAGCGCCCACUUAAACACAUGCACACGCCGCAAACAAACACAGUGUUUCUUCAUUUUCGCUGCUCAUUGUUUGUGCUUCCCACUUCGUUUUGUGUAUGAGUCAGACGGUUUAGAUGAAGGAGAGCAAAGAAAACAAUAAAAGUAAUGUAAUUUCGUUGAAACCAUCAAUGUGUAAUGAUAACACUCAAUCCAGUAAACGAAAUGAAUCAAUUACCCGAAUGAACGCAUCCAACCAAUAGGCGACAGACAGCGCAGCAACUCGUAAAUCAACAGAAUUGCACUUCAGCUACUAGAAGCUUAUAGUCUUGGGCUUGAUGAUGAAACAGUGACAGGAUGAUUUCGUUUUCUCUCUGGAUACAAACGAUCAGCAGUGGAUAUUGUAAACUAAAAAAAGUUUUUGUAACUCUUUUUGUUACUUGUAAAAGAUCGCAAAUCGAGUUAAGAUCAUACUGCCAAUGAUGAUAAUCUUCACAAUGCAUUUAUCAGCCACAGUUUUUGAAUCCAGAACUGAUAAUUUGACAAAACUAAACUGGUUGUGAAUGACUAUAAGAGUUAGUUCAAACCGUUUUAGAAUGCAUGCAGAAGUGACUAUUGAGAAGCAAUUGUGCAAUAUUUCCAAUGCGUUGCAAUUUCUUAUUCAGUAUAAAGGCGUUUAUAAUUUUUUUACCAAUAAUCAUCUUUCUUCUAACAAACGUAAAAAUGAUAGUGGAAGAACGUUUUCGAAUUCGAACUCAUAUUCUUUAUUUAUAAAGUUUCGAAUAAAUAAGCAAAAGAAUUGAAUGUAAAAAACAAGAGAUACAUUUCGGGAUUAUUGGCAUUACGUGAUGAACCAUCAGUGAGGAGCUGGCUCAUGCUUUUCUUGCUUGAUACUUUUAUAAUAUUGCAUUUUUUUCUAAACGAAAACGUUCGAUGCACCAGAAAAAUAAUCAUUUCUUUGUUACCGCUUGUUCAAUAGUAAUGAGCGAGAAAUGUAUUUCAUCAUUAAACCUAAGACUUGGCCAAAAGAUAAUCAAAAUAAUGGUACUAGGAUGAUCCGAUGGGUAAACAAGGUAAAAGAGAGCGCAGUGAAAGGGAUGAACAAAUAACAUAAACCAGUCAUUUUGAGUACAAAGAAGCACCUGUAUAAUUUAUGUGUAAAAUAAUACCUAGGAGAUAAGAUGUAAAUAACGUCAGGAACCAGAAACUAACGAAAAUGAAAUAAAAAA